AUAUAUUUUCGAAUUAUUAUUUUAUUAUUAAAAUCAUAACUAUAUAUAUAAAGAUUAGUAAAAUAUUAUUUUAUUUUCAUAUCCAAAGAUACUGUAAUAUUUCACAAAUUUAGAAUUUUUUUAAAAAAUUAAACUUUUCGGUUCAUAGAUUUAUAUUAUCGAGUAAAUAUUUAAACAUUAAGUUUUUGUUUAAUUUUUAAAAUAAACUAUAUAGUUUAGAAUUUGUUUUCAUUGGUUUAAGGUAGUAAAUAUUAAUCAUUAUUAGAUAAUCUGAUUUUUGUUAUUUAAAAAAAAUCUUUAUAAUUUUAAAAAUUAACAUCAAUAAAUAUUUAAAUAAUUAACAUAUCAAGGUAUAGUAUUACAAUAUUAAAAUUAUAUAUAUUUAAUUUUUACUAUCUAUAAAUUUAAUGGAUCAUCUAUUGUUUAAAUCUAAUUAUUGAUAGCCCAAUAAAAAUUUUUGUUAGGCCCAAAAUUUAAAAGAUAAAAUUAGAGAUUAAAUGUAACAUGACUUUCUAGGAAUAGGUCUAUUAGGUCCAUUUUUAAAAAAUCACACAUGAAUCAAAGUUGUGACUUCUGUUUUAAUAUAUAAGAUAUUUUUCUUUUUUUUUGUUUUGUUGCUAACGACAAAUCUUUUAGUUAAUAAUCAUGGUUAAUUACGGAAACACCCUAUCUAAUUCUUUGUUGUUUUUAGUAAACUCGUAAUAAACAUGAUACAUUUUCCCCUACGUACAUUAUAUGUUAGUUAGAAAACGUAUUACCUGGAAAACGUUAUCUUCUAAUAUGUGUCGGUUGAGAAAGCACUACUUUAAUCAACAUACCUUUUGAAUGAUAUUUAAAGUGAUAGAUGAGUGAAAGUCUGGAGAUGGGUUGAUUCCAUCCAUUCCUCUCUUCUUCAUCUUUCUAAUAACUUUCAGAAAACACACACUAACGAACUUGAUAGUUGUAUCAUAUAUAAAAUACGUAGCUUUUACUACAACAAUACAAUAUAAACGAAGUUAUAUCUUAGUAGAUUAGCAUGAAUGAACUUUUAUCAUCCGAUAAUUUUUUUAUAUUUAAAUGAAAAAAACACCAUCAAGUUCUUCUUAUGUAUUACAAAUGUUAAGAUUUAGAUUAAUUAUUUAUUUAGUAAAAAUAAAUGAUUACCAUUGUCACUUUGUGAUUGAUUUCUUCUUGUAAUUUCAUAACAUUUUCAUUUUAGAACUAUUAAUUUUCAAUUUUUCAUGAGUAUUGUAUGCAAGCAAUAUUUGAUCUAUACUAUUACUAGGUGACAUUUCUAUGCUCAUGUACGCAUGAAUAUUAAUAAAAUAAUUAACUUUUAAUAAUUAACUAAUAUUCCUUUUAUAGACAAAAAUAAUAUUUAUUUAUAUUAAAAUUUCAAAUAAUUUAUUAAUUUAUAUACAUUAAAUUUAUGAAAAUAUUAUUUUUAAUUAUUUAUUGUUAUUUUAAUAAAAAAUGUACUUUCAUGUAUAAUUCACAUCUAUUAUUCUAAACUGAAGCACAUUUUUGUUCUGAUUAUAGUAAAACCUGAUUAAUUUUAGGCUUAAUGUUAUUAACCGCAUUUAGUUUGUUAUUUGUUUUAGAUUCAUAAAUAUAUUUCUAGAAAAUUCUAUAUAACUUUAAAUAAGCUGCUUGGAAAAAUAAAGAAAGAAAUGUUGAUCAAUUCGGAGUUGUUAACGAACAUAAAUGAUAAUAUUUUGAAAACUCAUUCAUGAAUAUGAAAAAAAUAUAAAAUAAAUAAUUCUUUAGCAGUUUAAUAAUUGGUUAAUGUUUUCUUUCCUUUUAUUUAAAGUUUUAAGUAGUUUAAUAAUUUAUAUAUGAUAUUUAUAAAGAAGAUGUGUAAAUAUUUUUAUGAUAUCUUAAUCAAACAUAUGAUUUUGGGUAUAAUUUUUCGAAUCUGUUUUGUGUUUGUUUUGAUGUAUAUUAGAUUACAUCAGCUCCUUAGAUUAAACAACAAAUGUUUCACAUUCUAAUAAAGUUAAAUUUGGAUUAACAGUUUUAAUUUCAUAUAUAUAUAUAUAUAUGUUAUUCAUCUUUGAUUUAUAAAUAUAUAUUUAAAAAUUAUGUAACGUGAUAUAUAUAGGUUUGGUACAAAGUUAAGAUAAAAAAUUGAAUUGUUGAUCGGUUUGAAGUUCCAUAAGCAUACCAAACUAACUAUCAUUCGAAAGUUCAACAAUAAUAACCAACAAUUUAAGUUUUUGAUUCCAUCAGUUUGACAAUGUACAACUGAGAUUAAGCAACAAUUAUAAUUAUAAUUUUGUAUUAUUCAAACUGACUAUUUGGUAUUAAGUUGAUCUUAACCUAAAACUAAAAACUUUUAGAAACAGAAUGAUAUGAGGUGAUUGACACUCAUUAUUGACAAUUUAUUUUGUAAUUCGAUGAAAAAUAAAGGAACUACUUUUAAAUAUUUUAAUAUCUAUUAUAUUAUUAAAAAUUUUGUUGAUUAAAAAUAAAAAUUAGAGUUUUGAUAACAUAAAUACUUUGAUGACUUAUUUAUUAUAAAUUUUCUAUUAAUAUUCUGAUUCUUAGAAAAUAAAAUAAGAAAAUUUAUUAAGUACCCAGAGACUAGGAAGUGCGUGAAUAUCCAGAAAGGUAUUUAGGGAAUCAAACUGCAGCUGAAUCCAUGGGCAGGCAAGAAACAAUCUGGCGAAUUUUCAACAUCAAUCGGUUCGGACCUCCACUUAGUUUCACCCAAGUUUCAUCCUGGUCACGUAGUGGCUCCGUUCCAUGCCUCAUUUUAUAGGGAACCUACAUAAUAUAUAUCAAUAAAUGGCUAUGUUUUCUUUAAAAUGCGAUAUAUAUAUAUAUAUAUUACAAAUAUAAUAUUUUUGAAAAAUAACGUAAGUACUAUCCGUAAAAACCUAACUCGAUAAUAUUACAAAAUAUCUUUUGUGAUCUAUAUAAACCAUUAUAUACUUUCAGAUAUUUCAACUUAUCUCAUAUAACUGGUUUUAAGGCAUUUCCCUCCUCAUCGUUUUUGAGCAACAAUGACAGCAAUGGUCGACCUUGAUAUUCAAAAUUGUUUGAUCUUUACUCUCGUAUUCCUCUUCCCAACCCUCUUUCUCUUUGUCUUCUUCUUCUUUAAGGAACCAAAGAACAGCUUUGAUCUGCCUCCAAGCCCUCCUUCUCUUCCGAUCAUUGGUCAUCUUCACCUUAUCAUCUCUUCUUCAAUGCACAAGUGUUUUCAGAAAAUCUCAUCCAAGUACGGGCAAUUCCUCCAUCUCCGCAUCUUCCACGUCCCCAUCGUUCUCGUCUCCUCUCCCACAGUGGCCUAUGAGAUCUUCAAGGCUCACGACACGAACGUCUCCUAUCGUGGUCCAAUUGCUAUCGAUGAGUGCAUUGUGUUUGGUUCUUCUGGCUACAUCAGAGCUCCCUCUGGUGAUUACUGGAGGUUCAUGAAAAAGAUCAUCAUGGCUAAGGCCCUCGGUCCCCAGGCGCUAGAGCGAACACGUGGCGUCCGUUUAGUUGAGCUAGAGAGGUUCCACAGGAACCUGCUGGAUAAGGCCAUGAAGAAAGAGAGCGUGGAGGUCGGCGAGGAAGCGAUGAGACUCGUUAACAACACGCUGGGAAAGAUGAGUAUGGGAAGUAGUUUCUCAGUGGAGGACAAUGACGGUGGGAAAGUGUGUGAACUAUCAGUCGCGUUCACUUCCUUGUGCCACAAGUUUUGUGUGGCGCAAGUGUUUCAUAAGCCGCUAGAGAAGCUAGGGAUCUCAUUCUUGAAAAAGGACGUGAUGGAGGUUUCACACAGAUUUGAAGAACAUCUGGAAAAGAUUCUUGCGAAAUACGAAGAGAAAGUGGAGGAACAUCAAGGUGCUGAGUUUAUGGAUGCAUUGUUGGAAUCUUAUCAAGGCGAAAACGCAGAAUAUAAGAUGACUAGGAAGCAAAUUAAGGCGUUAUUUGCGGAGCUUUUCGUUGGAGCAGGUGACUCCUCUUCUUCAACAACACGGUGGGCAAUGGCAGAGAUCAUCAACAACCCUAAGAUUCUUGAGAGACUAAGAGAAGAAAUCGAUUCAGUGGUGGGAAAAAAUAGGUUGGUUCAAGAAACUGAUCUAACAAAUCUACCUUACUUGCAAGCUGUAGUCAAGGAAGCUCUAAGAUUGCACCCUGUGGGAGCUGUGGUGCCAAGGGAGUUUCAAGAAGGCUGUACGAUAGGAGGGUUCUACAUACCGGAGGGAACAUCACUUGCUGUUAAUUCUUAUGCUAUCAUGAGAGAUCCUGAUUCUUGGGAAGAUCCUUGUAAGUUUAAGCCAGAGAGGUUUCUGACUUCUUCAAGAUCAUGGAAAGAGGAGGAGAGAAAAGAGCAAGCACUGAAGUUCCUCGCGUUUGGCGCAGGAAGGAGAGGAUGUCCUGGAUCAAAUCUUGGUAGUACUUUUGUAGGAACCGCGGUUGGAGUGAUGGUGCAGUGCUUUGAUUGGGAAAUCGAAGGAGAUAAAGUCAACAUGGAAGAAGCUUCAGGAUUGAGAUUCUUUAUGGCUUUGGCUAAGCCACUUAAGUGCACUCCUAGUCCUCGAAAUAUGAACCAUUUACCUUCUGAUUCAAGAGGUCAGGAUUACACUCGGUUUCAAUUAGCUAACAUAUAACUCUAUAAAGGUUCAGAAGAUCGUUAUUACAUAUGUUACAUGCCUUAUUUUUGCAUUUGUACGUUCAUGUUGUUGAAUGCAUUAUGCAAAUACCUCCUUAAACAUUGUAUUUUUUUAAAAAAUUAUUAUUUAUCUUGAUGUUAAUAUCGUGACAAAAAAAAUCUUGAUGUAAAU